GUUUACACAUCGUCUUUCCAAACUUAUCCUCAUGAGGAUAACAGAGCCUCCUCCAUUCUCGACCACGGAAAUAACGACAAGCGUAUGGGAAACCUUGAUGGAUAUCGAGGGCAUCCCAAUAUUAUUCAUUUCUCUUCUGCAUGUGCCGUCUCGAGAAGCCAUAAAAGACUCAUCUCUCUCUACGAGCACAAUCCUCAAAGCCCUUCAUGCACGUAUCACGGUUCCAAAUAUCCAUCCUUCUUGGGUUGUAAGUGAUGACGCCGACCUCAGUAAAAUUUGGCGUUACGCUGUCACUACCUAUCUCGCCCUACGCAAGGCUAGACGGGUCGAGUGGAAGAUUCCCCUACGUUUUCUGAACUGGAACGUGAUGGGAAGGUGGUGUUGUGUCGUUUGCCAUACUAUGUCCCAGGCGCAGGCGAUGACCGCGUCACCUUCCCGUUUAUCUUUCUCAAGAGCGUUCUCCCGGGGGGAACAACUAAACAUCAUACUGACUGAGGAUUAUGGUCCUCUAUACGCAUAGCCUCAUUGAUCUGAGCGGGCCAAUCAAUGACUCCCUCGAACGGCUCGAAACUAAACCGCAGGAUAUGGUCGACAAGUGUCGUCGACUCAGAAAGAACGGAU